GAUACCGGAAGUUGUAUCCAGUGGUAUUUCUAAAUCGCUAGCCCACGUGUUUAAUGUUUAUAUGAAAACUGUACAUUUAUAAGAGAGAGGAGAAAAUGGCGAAGAAUAAGAACAACAAAGUUAUCGCUUCUUCUAAAAAAGCUGACAAAACAUCGAAAGCAUUAAGUAAAAAGAUGAAACAAGGUGACAAGAAAGCUAAAGAGGACCACAUGAAACAAAUUCCCUUCAGACUUAGGGAGAUUAUGAGGAGUAAAGAACAGAUGAAACUCGGACCACGUAAAAAGAAAAAGUUGAAACAAGCCUCGCUCAUCAAAAGCAGACAAGAGGGUGAUGGCGAUAUACCUGUCCCACACUUCAAAAGGAGAAAGGAGGAGAGUGAGAAGGCUUAUCUGAAACGAAUGGAUGCAGCCACCAGACAUGUCCUCUUCCUGAGCCAAAACCAAGUAGAACGGAAGCCUGAGCUGGAUCCUGACCAACAAGAAAGACCUGCGGACAAGGGCAAGUCUGAGAAAAAGAAGCAGUAUGCUAAAGAAAGAGUACUGAAGAUGCAGCAGAAGAAAUUAGACAAACAAGAAACCAAGUUGGAAAAAGAAAUGUUUGUAGAGGAUGUUCCAUUUGGUGAAGUCUCGAUGGCGCCACCUUCUCUUACUGUCAAGCCCAGAAAAGCUCAGGACAAAUCGCAGAAUUCGUCGAAAGAUCUACUACUGAAUUCACUGCUUGGUCAUAAAGUAGCUUCACAUCCAGCCAAGCCCUCAAUGGCCAGACAGAGAAUCAUGGAGGAAGAGCGACAGCGAGUGGUGGAGGCCUAUCGGCAUAUGAAAAAACAGAAGCAACAAUUGCAGGACAAAAAAAAUCUCACACUCAACACACAUUGACGUCUAUUCAAAAUAACAUGAACAUUUAGGCAACUGUGUUGCGAAAUGUGAUACCAUUGCAGUUGCAAACAUAGACUUAUGUAGGUAAGUAAAUGUCAUUGAUCCAUAAAUGUGCAGUUUAAAGCAAUGAACUUUUUAAAAAUGCCUAAUAUUAUCCAGUAGAGGGCAGUGUUUUGGAUAAGGCCACACAUAUAACUUCAACAGCUGAUGAAAAUAGACAUUCAUAUUUUUGUUUCAAAUAUUAAACUAUUGUUCACUUUGUCAGUAUUCUCUAAAAUGGUUUCUGAAGCCUGGCACAAUUAUACACAUGUAUGAUUUCCUAAAGAUUUCACUCACUGUAUUUAUUUUGUGAACACCCUUUUCUUUGUUCUACAUAAUGCAUAAAAAUAUAUUUUAUAAUGUAAAAACAUUAUUAUACUCAGACCAGUUUUGGUCUUUAGUUGGAAUUGACCUGUCAAAUAAUCAACUCUGUCUGUUUGUCCACUCUGGUUGUCCUGGUGAUGGAUCAUAAGGGACCAGCUGCCAGUGACUGGUGGUUCCCUGAGGUAACUGAAGGGUCAUUUAAGCAUGUGCACAAGACAGUUUUUCCUAUUAAACAUACACAGGAGGAGGAGUUUGCACGAUUCUGUUUUGUCUAAUCCUAAU